AAAUGCCAGCCAGGACACCCGUCCUGCCAGCUCGAACUCGAUGCAGAGACCCCAGCUAGGCCCCAAUGUCAGCCUGCCUUUGGAGAUGGGCCCAGGGCACCUGGCCGCCAGAGCGCAGCCAGCCCAGCCAGCGGAGCUGGACGUGGUUCCCGGGAGAGAGAGCUUAGCCAGCUACGAGCACCCCCAGGCUGCCCUUCAGGCCGUGAGCACCGCUGGUGCCGAGCACAGCAAGCCCGCGGAGAAGGCCGAGGGCCUCUUUGGCCAGGAGCGGGACCCCCGCUUCAGCGAGAUCUACAGCGGCAUCAGCCCAGACCCGAGGAAGCCCAUUUCGGGCAACUCGGUGCCCGCCAGCCACCCCCUCUUCGCCCCAGGGAACAGCUUCGGGGCUUCCCGCCCGGCUGAGAGCUUCCGCAGCAGCAGCAGCAACAGCAACAGCAGCCUGGCGCCCUCCGUCCUGCCGCCUGGCCGGGCCCAUUCGGCCUCCUCAGCUGGGCCCAUCCUGGCCCAUCUCUCCCGCCACCCCAGCCCCAGUCAGAUCUCCGGAAGCGCCUGGGCUACGGGAUCGCGCCCACCUUUCGCAGCCCAACCAGCGGCUUCCCAGCCGGUGAAGACUCGGCCUCCCUCUUUUGCCAUGGGCAGCUUCCAGGCCAUGCCGUCCUCCUUCAGCCCCAUGCCAAAUCCCGGUUCCGCGGCCUCACCAGCCGGGGCUCCCUACCCAAACCUGGCCGGUCGAAACGCCCCUUUCGCUGCUGGAGAGAGCGGGCAGAAUCCGGCCCCGUUCCAGGCACGGACGGCCGAAGGAGUCGGCGUAUGGCCGCAGUGGCAGAGCUCAGGCGAGUCCCACGUCCAGCAGCAGUCUGCCCAGCCGGAGGUCUUCCCGGAUAUGCUGUCUAUGCUGGGGGAACAAGGAACCAACUACAGCAGUGAAGAAUUUCCUGAACUGAACAUGUUUCCGCCCUUUUCGGAGUAAGCGAGGGAGACGGCCUGCCCUGGAUGUGACUUUAUUCUGUGUAGCAGCGUGGCGAGGGAGGCCUCUUCUUCGCGGCCCCUGACCCUUUGCAAAGAGCCCCCAAGUCUUCCUGUGGAGGGGGGGGCAGUCACGAACACUGGCAGGCUGAGAGGCUGAAUCUCCCCUCCAAAUCUCUGGGGCUGCCCAGGAAGACCCUCCCUCUCUGCCAGCCCACGACGGACGUUACUUGGAUUUUGGAGACCCUCCGAGACGUAUUUGGGCAAGGAAGGAACCGAUGGGAUGGGGUUUUUUUUCCCCCACCCCCUUCAACAUCCAAAGAUGCUUGGGAGGGCGGCCAGUGGGCAAGAGGGGUCCCCCCCCCCCCAGGUCUUUGUUUUUAAUUCUACGACGUAAUCUUUUAUACCUACCUUGUAUUCUCGUUUAUACACGUUGAGGGAGCCGAAUUUUGUCGAGAGGCUCCUGCUUCGUAGGCCGGUUUUGUGACUUGUGAACCGGGGAGAACUCCUCCCC